AUGGACGACGACUCGAGCGACGUGCAAGAGCCCGCCAAGCUGUACCUCACGCGCCUGAGACUCGCACUCGCGCCAUACACGGUGCACUUCCAGAGCCCGGGAUACAUCAAGGAUGAAACGCUGCGCAUGUUGGAACGCGACGUCGUGAAAAAGACGCUCGAGGAGUCACGACGCAGCUUCGAGCUUCGUGAUGAAUUGGGCCUCUCGGACCUGUUCUGGGACGAUCUCGCCGGCGUUCUCAAAGCCGCCAUCCCCUCGCUCGAGCGACGCUGCUUCGCGGCACCCGACCCCGCCACGCCCGAAUACGAAGGCCUCUCGGGCCCGCUGAUUGCCUCAUACUCGCCGAGCCUGCUGAGAGACCUGGAGCGCCUGAACCAGCUGGUCUCGAUAGCGCGCAACGUGCUGGUUGUUGGAGAAAAGGUGCAGGACCUGUCGGCAGCGCGGCUGUUCGACAAGGACAUCUUUGCGCUCAUCACUGUCUGCGUACGGGUUACUGCGAGGGGCUACGAUGGCGAGGCGGGCACGGCAGAUGAGGAUAAGUGGCAGGGUGUCAUCAACGCAUACAAGAAACUCCUCAUCACGUGCCUUCAGUUUCUCAACAACCUCAUCGCACGGAACGAGCAGCGGAAGCUGAUGCUCUGGAUCGAGCUCUUCGACAGCCAUCUAGACAGCGAGCUCCCCAACUUCGCAGACAUGAAGUCGCGAAUGGACUUCUUGUACCGGCUGGAGAAGAACCCCGAGCUCCCUGACGAGGCUGCCCCCGCCGUGCCCCAACACGUGUCCCGCGGUCCCGACGCCUUCAAGAUCCCACAGCAGCCGGCUUCAUCGCCUUUCUUGCUAUACAUCGGAGAAGUUGGGGCCGAGGUGAAGAAGUCGCUCAUCAAGAUGGGCGAGAAGGCCGGUGCCAACGAAAUCGCUUCAGAAUGCAAGCGCCAGUGGCAGACCAUGUCCGAGGAAGAGAAGAAUAAAUGGAACAUGCGCUACGCCGACGUUGUUGCACGCUACCGCGACGAGAUUACUCAGUCCAGUGCGUAUAAGCAGGUGCUGGAACAGCAGGCUAAGAACCAAGAGAGCGUGCAGGCGCUGGCCCAGAGCAUCAACCAGCUACAAGUUGAAGUUGAUAGAAUGCGCUCCAGCAUUGCAGCUUCUGCAAACGAAGCUCCCGAGUCUCCCGAAGAGCAAAAGGAACGGUCGAUGCGAGCGCAGUCAAUAUACAAUCCGAGCUUGAAUCGGUCAUCCCCGGCAGGUGAGGUCGAUUUUCGCGUGACUUACCCGCCCGCCUUUGGUGCCGAUAUCCUGCAGAAUGGCAAAGAGGAUCUGCUGAAGCGCUUGGAGCCUGAUCCCGAUCGUCCUGCAGCGCUGACCAGCGACGUAGCCUCUCCAACCUCACCCCCACCAGAGGACGACGACAACGAUGACGACUAUGAUGAUGCUGGCGAUGAGGGUCACGGGUUACUCACGGACGUUCCAUUGAUUCUUGGACCUACCGAAAUCGAAGUGCUUCCAAUGAUCAUUAUGGGAGGCAUCGUAGAGCCCACCGAAGGGCAGCCUGGCUACCACGUCGAUCCCAACCAGUUCAGCAGCAUACGAAGCAUGCAUAGCGUCAGGUGUCAUCUUCUGCUUGCCCAAGACAAUGGCCGAAACCUACUACGGGAACUGCUCAUUUUCGUUGCCGCAUGGGACCUUCGAGAGGAGGAGCUCUACUUUAAAUUCAUGGUGAAGAUCAUGGAGUCGAUUCUAGCCAAUGGGUUGUUGCCUUUCGCGUACCACGCUUUCCGUGAGUCUGAGUCAAAGGACAUCAUCUCACCCGCUCAAGCUGUCAUCAUGAAGCUCUUGACCAACAUUUUCCGCGCGCGCCAGGCUCGGACACCGGUCAAAAGUACUCUUGUACGAAAGAGUGGCUCCACUCCUGUGGACCAGGGAGAUGCACAUAUGGUCAACUUCCUGCUGACUGAGUUUCGACGCCACAUCAUUCCACAAACGUGCGCGCUCAUCUUCUUGCAAGGCCAGAUCCGCGCGGGGCAUGCCCAGCCCGAAGACUUUCCGCUUAACUUGUGGGAUAUGGAACGCAUGUACGAAGGCGUAUAUCAGUACCUGGAAUUCUUCGCGAUAUUAACGGAGCAUGAGACGUGGAAAUCCAUGCUGAGCAAUUGGGAGGUGGCAAACGAGCUGGUCACCUUGCUGAAGGAGCUUGAUGCUGCUAUCCCCAAGGGCCAGAUAUCGAUACCUCCACUCACCGCAGCUGCACGCAGCAACAACACUUCAGCGCCGUCUACCGAAUCUGAGCCACAGCCAGUGGCUGUUGAGCGACCGUACGACACAGCCGCCAACACGACUGCACCCGAAGGAUACAUGCCGUCUCCUCGUCCCUACAUCGACGAAGCCCAGGAUGAGCCUUCCGAAUUUGAAUGGCGAAACCUGAAGAAGCUUGCUGUUCUCGUGCUGAGCUCCCUUGUCUGGAAGAAUAGACAGGUCCAAGACCAAAUCCGGCCGCUCGGUGGAAUCGAGGCUGUCCUCAACUGCUGCUCAUACGACGAGCACAACCCAUACAUUCGCGAACAUGCCAUCAUGUGUCUCCGCUUUCUGAUGGAAGGCAACAAGGAGAACCAGGACCACAUUCGAGCUCUCGAACGUUACGAGAAGGAAAAAGAAGGUCCCAGCCCGGUCGAUCCUCCUACGGCUUCUCAGCCACCUACCUCCAAGCCGCCUGUGAGCGUGCGCGUUCCCGAUGAAGUACUCGAUCAGCAAGGCUAUGAGACGUUCAUGGACUCUAAGGGCCAGGUCAUGCUGCGCAAGCGUGAAGUGAAGCCUCCGGUUGUUGGUAAUACUGUUAAAGGGAAGGCAAAGAUGGAGACACGAGAUCCAAAAGACCUUGAGCAGUUGGUACAGCAGGUAAUGCGUGAACUGCCUGCAAGAGUGCAGGGCGUGAAGCAUGAUGCCGAGAAGGCAGCUGCGUUGGCAAAGCUCGACAAAGAGUUUGAUGGGCCAGGCGCAAGCAAGGGUUGA